UCAACUCAUCAGUGGCAGGGUUGUGGUGCAACCAGCAAAUGUAGGAAAAUUUAAAUUCCAGAUUCGUAUUAUUGUUUCUGUAUGUGACAGUUGAAGAAAACUUAGAUAUACUGUCUUUGUGAAAGGGCUGUCAUAAAGUUAACACAUCAGCGGGGCCAGAAACGGGCUCAAAUUGCUGAGCUACGUUAAUCUCCUGUAACUUGACUGUUAGCACAUCAGGCUAUCUGGCUAAUUCCCUGCAUAGUUGGGUUCUGACGGGACGGGAGAGAGAUGUCCUGCAGCCUGUUGGAGUUUUGUCGGCUCCAGGAGCUGAAAACAGUCCGGGACUAUUUGUUUCAGACUCCGCAGAGUGAACCGGCGGAGGAGAAGAAUCAAACAGAAAAUGAGCUGUCUUGGGACACCUCUGAUUGGGAGUCGGCCUGGGAUGGUGGUGAAAACAAAGAGGAGGAAACUCCAUCUGCCAAAAUGGUAGAGGAGGAGACCACAGAACAGAGCGGACCCUGGAUGCAGGAUUGUGUGGUUUCUUUGUCUCCAUGCUCAGACUUGCUCGUGGUGGCCCGGGAACAAAAAGCUGUCUUUCUCUCAGCCAAAUGGCGUUUGGAUGAUAGCGGCAGAGAGGAGAUGACUCUCGCUGUGUCCUGGACUGGAACCCUGAGCACUGAUGAAGGAGAAUGUGUAAGCAGCUCCGUUUGCAUACCACUGGCAAGCCAGAAAAGGAGCUCCACAGGACGGCCUGACUGGACGUGCGUGGUUGUGGGUUUCACUUCAGGAUAUGUCCGCUUUUACACAGAGAGCGGGGUCCUGCUCCUGGCUCAGCUGCUUCAUGAAGACCCGGUACUAAGACUCAAAUGUCGCACAUAUGAGAUCCCUCGCCAUCCUGGAGUAACUGAGCAGCAUGAAGAGUUGAGCAUCCUAUACCCUGCUGCCAUGGUCACCAUCGAUGGCUUCAGCCUCUUUCAGUCUCUGCGUGCCUGCAGGAACCAGGUUGCAAGAGCAACAGCAGCAGGAAGUGAUGUGAUCCAGCCUCCUCCUCUUGCCUAUAAGAAGUGGGGUCUGCAGGACAUGGACACCAUUGUGGACCACAGUAGCGUGGGUAUCAUGACGCUGUGUGUGUUUGACCAGAUGAAAAAUGCAUCUAUUCUAGGGGGGUUUAAUGCUUCAGUCAAGGGUAGCCCCCCCGCCAUGAGCCAGUAUGUCACAGUGGGAGGAGGACCGUACACAGGAUUUUUCUAUGCUGUAGAGGGAAGCUCUCAGCCUCUCCUCUCUCACGUGGCUCUGGCUGUAGCAAGUAAACUCACCUCAGCUCUCUUUAGUGCUGCGAGUGGUUGGUUAGGUUGGAACAAGAAUAAGCAUGAAGAGGAGGCGGUUCAGAAACAGAAGCCAAAGGUAGAGCCAGCUACACCUUUAGCGAUCAGAUAUGGUCUCCCAGACUCUCGUCGCCAUGGCGAGUCUAUCUGUUUGUCCCCCUGCAACACUCUGGCUGGAGUGACCGAUGACUUUGGAAGAGUCACGCUGCUGGACUUGGCGAGGGGCAUUGCUAUUCGCAUGUGGAAAGGUUACCGAGAUGCUCAGCUGGGUUGGCUGCAGGUUCCAGAGGAGAGAGGUGAUCGGGAGUUCUCCCCCUCUGCCUCCCUCCCCAGACGUCAUGCUCUCUUCCUGGUUAUCUAUGCUCCCCGCAGGGGAAUCCUGGAGGUGUGGGCCAUGCAGCAGGGACCUCGAGUCGGAGCUUUCACUGUGGGAAAACACUGCAGGUUGCUGUAUGCUGGUUAUCGCCUGAUGGGGGUGAACAGUGUGACCAGUCAAGGCUGGCAGCUCCACACACAGCAGGUGUGUCUACUUGAUCCAAUCACAGGAGCUCUGAGGACAGUGAACAUCCCCUUCCACCUGGCUCUCAGUGACAAGAAGAGUGAGCGAGCCAAAGAUAUGCACCUUUUAAAGAGACUCACUACCAUACUGAGAAGCAGAGAGGUGGAGCCUGAUCUAUUGGAGAGUGAAGCCAAGAAUGUGUUGCUGGAUAUCAAACAUCCCGCCAUCAAAAAACAGGCUCUAGAGUCUCUACUGUCAAAUAAAAACACUCCAGUUUCAUGUCUUAUUAAUGUCACUGCCGCCUUAUAUGACACUCUGAAGCAACAAGACCAAGAGGAAGUGGACAUGACAUUACUCCAGCUCUGCUCUUCUCAGCUCAAACUGCUUCAGCUCUACACAAACAUCCAGCAGCUUCACUCUACUGCAGACACAGAGACCUGCUGUAAUGAUCAGGAGCCCCUCGAUGGUAUAGACGAGGACUUGUCCCGUGUAGGUCCAACCUUACAGCGCUACGCCCAGCUCACCUCCAGACCCAGUGUUUCCUUUGCCCAGGACUCGCCUAACUCCCCGUUCCCUGCCCAAGCUUUCCUCUCCCAGAUAGAAUGCACUGAGGACAGAGAGCUGAAGGUGGUCAGAGGGUCUGAAGCUGAAUGGAAUCAACUAGGAAACUUUCUCUUCUGGGGAUGUCUGUGUGGCAAAAGCCCACUUCACAAAGUGUGUGACACACUGCAGCAGGCUGGCAUCAGCCCACAGCAGCUUCUGUCUCUGUUGUUGAGCGUUUGGUUACAAAGAGAAAAGGAGGUGCUACAGAAACCAGAGGAAACUGUCAGAAACCUUCACACACUACUCAUCGCCCUCAGUAGCAUGAAAGGUGCUGUUGAGGAGUCAUGGGACCCUCAGUCUAUCUCCCCCUGGUGGCAGCAAGUUCGCUUUACAUGCAUCCAGUCCCACAAUUCUGCUGCUGCUCUGCUAGCUGCAUUCGUCGCUCACCGUGCAGCUAAGGCUAGCAUCACAAGCCUGGCUGACAGCAAGCUGCAGUCAGAGUGGGAAGCCGUGUCUUUAGAGCUGGAGCAGUGGGUGGUGUGUGUCCGCCAGCUGGAGGAUGUGUUGGUGCUGCAGACGCUGCUGCUGGUGCCUCCGCCUCAGGGAACAGCAGGGGGCGCUGCAGCUCAGUGCUCUAUCAAAAGUCUGCUAGAAGGAGGCACAGGUGGCAUUGCAGACAGUGUCUCUAAGUGGGUGUUCAGGCACAGUUUACCCCCUGAGCAACUGAAGGAAAUUCUUCCAAAGAAAGAAGACAAAGAAGGGGAUGACAAAGCAGAGAAGAAUGAAGGAGAAAGCGUGAAUGAGGACAAAGAGGAGAGCCAGGACUGCAUGGAGAGAACAGCAGAGCUGUUAUUGGCUGUGUGUCAGCGAUUCCCACACUCCCUGUCACCCGAUCUACUCUUCGCUCACUGCUGCUGGGAGUAUGUGGUGCAGUGGAACAAAGACCCAGAGGAGGGACGAUACUUAUGCUGGGCUGUGGAACAUUUGAAGCUGGUCUCCAGUCCCCAUAUCCAACUGGGUAUUUCUACGAUGAUGUGGAGUACAUUUAUUGUAAAGCGUUUCUCAUCAGCAGCCUACCUCAUGGAGAAGGUUGGUAAAGCACCAAAGGAUCGCUUGUGUCGACGGGAUGUCGGGAUGGGAGACAAAGCCAUGACGUCUUUCCUGGGCUGCUGUGUGCAGCUGCUGCAGAUCCUCAUGGAGGUGACUGGAGUAUUGGUUAAAAAUCAGUGCCCAUUGUCUUUUAUCAAUUACUAUGCGGACUCAGCAGUGGAGGAGGUUCCUGCUCCGGAAAUGUCUGUGGAGGAGGUGUGGAGUGGGGCCGAGGGUCCCGCCUCUAUAGCUGAACUGGCCCUAGAGCAGAGAGGCGUCCACUACCCUCUGGUACAACACCACUGCCUGUUAGCCUCGCUGCUCCAUGCUGCUAUGAUGUUCAGUCUGAAGGUCAAACCACUCAGCCUGUUUGACAGUAAGGGAAAGAAUGCUUUCUUCAGAGAUCUGACAACCAUCCAGCUGAUGCCCAGCGGAGACAUGGACCCGAGCCUGAUCUCACUACGGCAAGAGUUCCUCCUGCGGGUGCUAACCGGCUGGGUCCAGGCCAUAGACGAUCCCUCCAGUGCUGCCUCUGGCUCCAGAUCUCCUCCUCUACCUUCUACUGGCCCCAAGGCUGACUGGUGGCCCUCGCUGUGUCAGGAGUUGGCCUCCUUGCUGCAGGUCAAUCCCGACAUCCUGAAGCGCCACCUCGUCUGUGAGCUCUACAACCAGGGCUUGGACCUCCGUGCUGAAGAGGUGAUGUUGGAGGUGGAAGAUAAAGACGUGUUGGGUUCCCAGCUGCUGGUUCUGACCGGACAGAGACUGAGCUACUCGCUCCUUCACAGUCAGAGUCAGACUCAGCCAGCCAUGGAGCUACUGGCCCGCCUGCCCCCCACCCUCUGCACAUGGCUCAAAGCUAUGGACCCCAGCGAGCUGCGGUGCCCUCUGGUCCCUCUGCCUCAGACCAGUCGGCUGGUGGGCCGUCUAAUCGAAAUCCUGCCGGAGAAUCAUGCUCAAUACAGCCUGGCCCUGCACCUUCUCGAAGCUGUGGAGGCCCUCACAACUGAAGACUGACCCUGAUCAAUGACUUCCUCACCUUAAUUUUGUCUAUUUCAUGGAGAUUUUGUUAAAUCUGGUAACUUCAUCCCCACGGUGUAAUCACAGAAGGCAUUGAUGUAUAGACCCGAUAUGAUAGGCUUUUAACUUUUUUUAAAACCAUUGUAUUUUUGUGCAUGUGACAUGAAUAUUGUUUAAUGCUUUAGAGUUUUGUGAGAGAUAUACAGCACGUGUACGUGAGAUGGUUAUUAAGCAGUGAGUCACUGUUUUACUUUGGUUGCACCCUCGUCCUCUGUCUGAUAACUUCAAACAUUCAGACGUCAGUGUUCGGCUGUCCUUACUUUGUGCCAUAUCAGCGUUCUGUUUCUCCUCCUGCUUCCCCUCUAAUGGACUAAAGAUGUAACAUAAAGAAAAAUGGACCUUAUUUUUUAUUUAUAUAUGCAGACAGUUGUUUAUAAGCUGUGCCUGUACACCUCCUGUUCUGUAGUCCGGCUGCUCCCGCUGAGCCAAUUAAUGCAGAAUAAAGAGGUUUCUCAGAAGCA